UAGACCCGUAGAAGAAGGAGGAGGGGUAUCUUUGGUGCAGCAAGACGGUGCGAAACGGCGCACAAGUGGAGUCAGGCAGCGAGCAGCAGUAUGUCGGAGAGUCAGGAAACCUCCGGGGCCAAAAACGGUGGCGACAGCAUGACAGACCGGGAACUGAGGCCGGCCGUGGGCAACAGGGUCAGCGUGGUGCUCGGAGCUCAGUGGGGCGACGAGGGGAAAGGGAAAGUUGUGGAUCUUCUGGCACAAGACGCGGAUAUGGUGUGCAGAUGUCAGGGCGGCAACAACGCAGGACACACAGUGGUGGUGGACUCGGUGGAGUACGACUUCCACCUCCUGCCCAGCGGCAUCAUCAACCCCAAGGUCACCGCCUUCAUUGGCAACGGUGUCGUGAUCCACCUGCCAGGCCUGUUUGAAGAGGCAGAAAAAAACGAACGCAAAGGAAAAGGUCUAAAAGACUGGGAGAAGAGGCUGAUCAUCUCCGACAGAGCACACAUUGUGUUUGACUUCCACCAAGCUGUUGACAGUGUUCAGGAACAGCAAAGACAAGAGCAAGCAGGCAAGAACCUCGGGACAACGAAGAAGGGGAUUGGUCCGGUGUACUCGGCCAAGGCGGCUCGCAGCGGCCUGAGGAUCUGUGACCUGCUGGCCGACUUCACCACGUUCUCUGAAAGGUAUAAAGUGUUGGCUCACCAGUACAAGGCUAUGUACCCCACACUAGUGAUUGACAUAGAGGGAGAGCUUCUCAGGUUAAAGGAGUAUGUGUCGCGGGUGAAGCCCAUGGUGAGGGACGGGGUGCACUACAUGUACGAGGCUCUGCACGGCCCUCCCAAGACGAUCCUGGUGGAAGGAGCCAACGCAGCGCUGCUGGACAUCGACUUUGGGACGUACCCGUUCGUGACGUCGUCAAACUGCACGGUGGGGGGCGUGUGCACGGGUCUCGGGAUGCCGCCCCAGAACGUGGGGGAGGUUUACGGGGUCGUCAAGGCGUACACCACCCGAGUGGGCAUCGGAGCGUUCCCCUCAGAGCAGAUCAAUGAGAUCGGAGAGCUGCUGCAGACUCGUGGGAAGGAGGUGGGCGUGACCACGGGCAGGAAGAGGCGAUGUGGUUGGCUGGAUCUGGUGCUCAUCAAAUAUGCACACAUGAUUAACGGCUUCACCGCUAUAGCCCUCACCAAACUGGACAUACUUGACAUGUUUGAAGAGAUCAAAGUGGGCGUAUCGUACAAAGUCGACAACCAAACUAUACCUACUUUUCCAGCCAAUCAGGAGGUGCUGGAGCAUGUGGACGUCCAGUAUGAGACGCUGCCCGGCUGGAAGAGCGACAUCUCGCAAGUGAGGAGCUUCAAGGAUCUGCCUGAGAACGCCCGGAAAUACGUCGGCUUCAUCGAGGAGCAUGUCGGAGUGCCUGUAAAGUGGAUCGGAGUGGGCAAGUCUCGGGAGUCCAUGAUCCAGCUGUUCUAGAAGAAGGGAGGAGACAAAAAGAACGCAGGAUGCAGAGCAGCUGAUCAACUGCACACACACACACACGCACGCACGCACACACACACACACACACACACACACACAGCCUACUACCUGUCUCAACUCUCUGACAGAGACACCAUCAUGUCUGUUCUAAAUGCUUUAUCACCAGAUGUUCCCAUGUUACAGACAAGACUCCCAUCGGACUGACCUCCAUCUAACAUCUGGAUUUGUAUCGCUUUUUAACUUUUCGGACAGAACCACGAUCAAGUCCCUCUUUUUAAUUUGUAGCUGUUUAUUUCAGACGUUCAAACUCACUUGGCCUCACCAGAUGCCGGUCUGAAAGAGGACAUGAGGGCAAGGACUCAACACACACACACACACACAUACACACACACACACACACACACACACAUACACAUACACACACAUACACACACACACACACACACACACACACACACACACACACACACACACACACACACACACACACACACACACACUCACACGGAGGAACUGUCCACAGAUGUUUUGUUCAAGUAUAUUUUUGUUCAUCUAUGCUGUAUUUUAAACGCGCUGUGCCAGUCUGGUGUAAAUCAGUUUUUAACCUCUGCACUUUAAAUGCUUUGGACUACUUCUUCUUUACGUUUUACUCCGUCAGGUGUUCACCACAUCCUGACAUCAUAAAGGGAUCUCUUUUUGUGUUAUUUUAUGUUUGACGUCGGAGACAAAGACUUCUCAUAUUGCCUUGUCAUUCAACCAAAAAAAUGUGCUUUUAAAUUUCUUGUAGCUAGCGAUGUUAAUGAAUUGUGCGCUCACUUCAUGUUUAUCAGUGUAGUGUAAGCAGGUGUGUUUUUCAUUAACCCAUAUAGAGAUAUAUCUUGUAUAACUAUGUAAAAAAAUCAUUUUCAUAGACUGGCAACGUCCCACACACAUUCAUGUGAUUGUUUAUCUUAUUAUCAUCGCCUUCUUUGCACUUUGAUAAAUAUGUUGUGUAGAGGGAGGCAAUGGUAACCUUUACACUAAGAAAAGUCUAAAUAUGGAUUGAUAAAAAUGGUAUGUUACAGAUUGC